AUGGGUAUUGCCAAUUCUCGAGAAUUACAUGGGAAUCGACAAAGAAGACCAUCACCAUACUUUGGAUCUUCGAAUCAAGGUGAGAACAGGUACAGAAGAUAUUUCUUUCGUCGAAGGAUGCCUAAUACAACAAUAUCACCUACUUUACCUAAUGUUGCACAAUCGAAUUCUAAUCAAUUUUUAUAUGGAACUCGUCCUGGUAUGAGUCCAAUGCCUGUCUAUGCACCAUUACCACCCCUGCCAUCAAGACUGCCGCCAAUGUCUUACAAUAACUUUCCUGUUGCUUCAUAUAUGCCACAACAACCUAUGAUGGUGCUACCACAACGAGUAGCACCAAUGAUGUCUACACCAUAUAUGAAUCCUGUAUCUCCUUCUUCACCUCCAAUAUCAACUUUAUAUAUGCCACACGCACAAGCACAACAACCUUUCUUUAAUAAUAUGGUACGACCAGCUUCUGUGCCAAUGACGGUACCCGCAGGAGUCCUAUUCAGUCCUCCAUUAAAUUCUGUAGCACCUAUGAGAUUACUCACAGAUUGGACAGGAGGUGGGCAAAUAUCACCUGGUUUUCUUGGGCCUCCUAUUUAG